CUCGUUGAGACGGACGCCUGCGGUAUCCCUGUCCGCCCAACAUGGUCGGUCGACGAGCUCCUGUCCUCAUAUCCUAAGCCCACAAUCCCACCAUCGACUCUCAAACGAUUACAUGAACUGGCGGCUCUCGUACCACCUGUCGAAGGCACGCCGGAACAUACAAAAUUGACGCGAGAGAUGGAAGGUCUUGUGAGGUUGGUCGAGGCAGUGAAGCUGGUAGACACGAGCACAGGGAUUGAAUUGGAUGAAAGUCCCCAGCCCACCGAAGGAAGCCAGGAUCCUAACGACCAGAAGCUUUUAAGUCAUUCAUCCAGAGUCAGACGUGGACUUUAUAUUGUGGAUGCUGACAAGGUCAGAUAG